UCCGCCAUUCUACUUUGCUGAAACAUAAGCCGGAAGUGGAAAAUAUGCAGCCGGAAGUAAACCGGUCAAGGCGCUUUAUCGAGUUGAGGAAAGGAAGAUGGCGCCUGCUGUGUUAAAUUUAAUAGAAGCGAGAGAUAAAUUCACGGCUGCCACCAGACACGCGCUGGAGACUCGGACCUGCAAACCGCUGACGAGCGCUUUUAACCAUUUCUCUGGAAAUGAGGCAGAGAAGAAGAGCACUCUGGACCUGUCCCUGCGUGGCGUCCUGGAGGAACAGAUCGUGAAGCACGCCGAUGUGGAGGAUCAUCUCGCUCUCAUUUCCAUCAGCAUCAGCGGCGUCACUGAGGGUAUCUGCUCAGCCAGCACUCCGUUUUUGUUGCUGGGUGACGUUCUCGACUGUCUCCCUCUGGUUCAGUGUGACCAGAUCUUCUCGUUUGUUGAGGAGAACGUCUCCACUUGGAAAUCUAGCUCCUUCUACUCAGCAGGGAAGAACUACUUGUUAAGGAUGUGCAACGAUCUCCUUCGCAGACUGUCCAAAUCCCAGAAUACGGUGUUCUGUGGGAGGAUCCAGCUUUUCCUCGCUCGUCUCUUCCCUCUGUCUGAGAAAUCAGGUCUGAACCUUCAGAGUCAGUUUAACCUGGAGAACAUCACAGUGUUUAACAAGAACGAACAGGAGAGCACACUCGGACAGCAGAGCUCUGAUGUUAAAGAGGACGGGAUGGAAGAAGGAGAAAUGGGUGAAGAAGACACACCUGCUCCAUGCUCCAUUCCAAUAGACUACAACCUGUACAGGAAGUUCUGGAUGCUGCAGGAUUACUUCAGGAACCCGGUGCAGUGCUACGACAAGUUCUCCUGGAUCACCUUCAUCAAGUACUCGGACGAGACGUUGGCGGUGUUUAAGAGCUUCAAGCUGGACGACACUCAGGCCUCCAGGAGGAAGCGGGAGGAGAUGCAUACAGCCGGAGGGGAACAUGUUUAUUUCGCAAAGUUCCUGACCAGUGAGAAGCUAAUGGAUCUGCAGCUUAGUGACAGUAACUUCAGACGUCACAUCCUGCUGCAGUACCUCAUCCUCUUCCAGUACCUCAAAGGUCAGGUCAAGUUCAAAAGCUCCAAUUGUAGUCUUAGUGAUGAUCAGACAUCCUGGAUGGAGGAGACUACAAAGCUUGUAUAUCAGUUACUCAGAGAAACUCCUCCAGACGGUGAGAUGUUUGCUACUAUGGUGGAGCACAUUCUAAACACAGAGGAAAACUGGAACGCCUGGAAGAAUGAGGGAUGUCCAAGUUUUGUCAAAGAAAGACCCACAGAGACCAAACCACAGCGGCCCAGCAGGAAACGAGCAGCACCCGAGGACUUCCUGGGUAAAGGACCAGAGCGUAAGAUCCUGAUGGGCAAUGAUGAACUGACACGACUGUGGAACCUCAAUCCUGACAACAUGGAGGCGUGUAAAUCUGACAGCAGGGAGUUUAUGCCGUCCCUGGAGGACUUUUUUGAGGAGGCCAUCGAGCAGGCAGACCCAGCCAACAUGGUGGAGGAUCAGUACAAGGUGGUGAGGAACUCAAAUUACGGCUGGCGAGCUCUCCGUCUUCUCUCACGCCGCAGUCCACACUUCUUCCAGCCCACAAAUCAGCAGUUCAAGAGUCUGGAGGAUUAUCUAGAGAACAUGGUGAUCAAACUGGCCAAGGAACUUCCUAAGGAUCUCCCGUCUGAGGAGAUAAAGACAGGAGAGGAGGAGGACGAGAGCGGAGACAAUCUGCUGAAGGAGAGCAAUGACAGUCCGAGUAUUCAGAGCAAACUGGUUACUAACAGUCAGAUGGACGAAAUCGCCAAGAAGCUCGGGGCUCAGUGGAAGUCGCUCGCUCCUCACCUGGAUGUGAAGGAGGUGGAGAUUCGCGAGAUCGAAGCGGACAGUGACGACGUUGAGCUUCAGGCCAAAAUGAUGCUGGUGUCCUGGCAGGACCGGGAGGAUGCCCAGGCCACCAUGGAGAGCCUGGUCACGGCGCUGAACACCGCUGGCUUCGCUAGCAUCGCGCAGGGCUUCAGCGAGACAUGAUUUCGCUUAGCACAGUGCUAACGAUCCAUCUGUUAGCCAACGUAUGGGAACGGGAGUUCUUUAAUCGAGGGUGCAGAGCUAAAUGCACCUCAUCGGUCUGCACGUUGUGUUUGACACUGAGCUCUUUGCUAGUAAAUGUGCUUUCAUUAGCACUGUGCUAAAAGCAAAUUAGCGUAUAUUCUCAUAUUUUAAUUUUUUUCCUCUUCCCACGUCGUGUUUUGUACAUAUUUGAUGUAUUUGCAAAUAAACAUCAGUCAUGUCGCAUUAA